GGAUACUUUUGGAUGCUCAAGGAUCUCCGAACCUGCGAAGACAAGCCUUUGCUAACCAGCCCGUCCCUCAUUCCGGAAUCGAGAGCCCGUCCGUUUCCCAACUUGUGCAAUUUAAAGUCCUUGUCGGGAGAGACGGUUGACGUACCGGACUACUUUGUGCGCAAGAAUCGAUCACGCGACACCCAGGCGCAGUGCACCCUCGUGGCCAUUAGUUUUCGCGAUUACGGCUAUCAACUUUUGUCCUCCUGGAUCGAUCCGUUCCGGGAAGCUCUGCAAGACAAGGACCGUGUGGAAGUCAUCCGUCUCAACAUUUCGGAAGGAUUUUUCAACAAGUGGAUACUCAAAGGACCCGUACAGGGGUUGAUGAAGAAGAAUACGCCAGUGGAGGAACACGAUCGGACUUUGCUCUACUUUGGCAGCGACCUCGCUCUCUUUAAGGAUGCACUGCGUAUGCACAAUGUCAUGACGGGAUUCGUCUUUCUAGUCGACGGGGUUGGGCGAGUCCGCUUUGCUGGAUCGGGCAAGGCCAGCGAAGACGAAGCGGCCCGUCUCGUGCGGAUGGCCUCCGAACUG